UCAAAGGUCCUCCAGCCACAAUCUGAUUGAGCUCCGCCCCCACACGUAAUGGUCACAUGAAUAUGACAUCAUUACAGGUCCUACACCGCCCCCAUCUAGCAGAUACAGAUAAGGUCCUGGUCGGACAGUCAGUACUAAGGUUCCUAUAAGGUGUCAGGAUGUGGCGGUCUAUUUCUCCAUGGAGGAGUGGGAGUAUGUAGAAGGACACAAGGAUCUGUACCAGGACAUAGUCAUGAUGGAGGAUCACCAUCCCCUCACAUCACAAGAUGGAGUCAUUGAUAGAAAUCCACCCGAGAGGUGUCCCCGCCCUCUGUAUUCCCAGGACUGUCCAGAGGGAAAUGUCCCAGAGAACCAUCAGGUUGAAAAUCUGAUUGAUAUAAAGGUUAAAGUUGAAGAAGAGGAGAUGGAUUUCUGGGACAAUCAGCAGUAUGGAGUCAUCGAUAGAAAUCCCCCCGAGAGGUGUCCCCGUCCUCUGUAUUCCCAGGACUGUCCAGAGGGAAAUGUCCCAGAGAAGCAUCAGGCUGAAGAUCUGAUGGAUAUUAAGAUUGAGGUUAAAGAUGAACCAGAAGAGGAGACGGAUGUCUGGGCCAAUCAGCAGCAUGGAGUCAUUGAUAGAAAUCCACCCGAGAGGUGUCCCCGCCCUCUGUAUUCCCAGGACUGUCCAGAGGGAAAUGUCCCAGAGAACCAUCAGGGUGAAAAUCUAAUGUGUAUUAAGGUUAAGGUUAAAGAUGAAGAAGAGGAGGAGACAGAUUUCGGGGCCAAUCAGCAGUAUGGAGUCAUUGAUAGAAAUCCAUCCGAGAGGUGUCCCCGCCUGACAUAUAAUAAAGUGGAGGAUGAAGAAGAGAGGCUGAGGGACCAUCACCCGUGCAUGAGGGAAGUGAAGGAGGAAAUUCCAGGAGGUGUUACCCCAGGAAAUCCCAGUAAGAAUUCUGAGGGAAAAGUCAUGUUAUCCCUGAAUGAUAGAGGAGAAGAUGGAGAGAUCAUGGGGCGCACCUCAGGAGAAGAUGGAGAGAUCAUGGGGCGCACCUCAGGAGAAGACCUCCUUACCCCUAAUGUCCACCCAGAUCUAUCCUAUAAUAAUCCCCCUGACCAACCACACAUUGUUACCACAAGGACAAGUCAGAAAGGGGUGAAAAGGUUUCAAUGUGAUGAAUGUGGAAGAGAUUUUACAAAAAAAUCUAAUCUUUUUACACACAAAAGAAUUCACACAGGAGAGCGGUUGUAUUCAUGUCCAGAAUGUGGUAAAAGCUUUACAGGUAAAUCAAAUCUUGUUAUACAUGAGAGAAGUCACACAGGAGAGAAGCCAUAUUCAUGUUUAGAAUGUGGGAAAUGUUUUCCCAGUAAACAUAGUCUAGUUACACACGAGAGAAGUCACACAGGAGAGAAGCCGUAUUCGUGUUCAGAAUGUGGAAAAUGUUUUGCAUAUCAAUCACAUCUUGUUACCCAUAUAAGAACUCACACAGGAGAGAAGCCGUAUUCAUGUUCAGAAUGUGGGAAAUGUUUUACAAGUAAAUCAGAUUUGCUUAAACAUGAAAAAUGGCACACAGGAGAAAAGCCAUAUUCAUGUUCAGAAUGUGGGAAAUGUUUCUCUAGUAAAUUCCAUCUUGCUGCACAUGACAGAAGUCAUAAAGGAGAGAAGCCAUAUUCCUGUUCAGAAUGUGGGAAAUGUUUUACAGAUAAAUCAAGUCUUGUUAGACAUGCGAGAGGUCACACGGGAGAGAAGCCGUAUUCAUGUUCUGAAUGUGGGAAAUGUUUUACAUAUAAAUCAAAUCUUACUUCGCAUGAGAAAAUUCACACCGGAGUGAGGCCAUAUUCAUGUUCAGAAUGUGGUAAAUGUUACACAAGUAAAUCAGAUCUGGUUAAACAUGAAAAAGGUCACACAGGAGAGAAGCCGUAUUCAUGUUCAGAGUGUGGAAAAUGUUUCACAAGUAAAUCACAGCUGCUUAUGCAUGCGAAAAGUCACAUAUGGAUCUGGCAAAGUCGCGCAGGGCACGGUGAACCGCUCUCAUCUCUCGCAGAUUGGAAGAGCUCCGACUCUCCUGAGGAGACCAUUUCACCUGGACCCAUUGGUCCCCUAGAAUUCGCCUUUAAACAGUCUAAAGGGAAAUCAUUUAGAAAAUCUGACGCCCUCUUCAUUUCCGUCAUGCUGUCUAAUAGAUCUUCUCUGGAGAUUCCUCGGGCAAUAUCUUUUGCCAACUGGCUGAGCCAUAACCUUAAGGCGCGGGCAACCGGAACCGUGGCUAAGGCUGCCUUACAGUACCAGGACAUAGUCAUGAUGGAGGAUCACCGGCCCCUCACAUCACAAGAUGGAGUCAUUGAUAGAAAUCCACCCGAGAGGUGUCCCCGCCCUCUGUAUUCCCAGGACUGUCCAGAGGGAAAUGUCCCAGAGAACCAUCAGGGUGAAGAUCUGAUGUGUAUUAAGGUUGAGGCUAAAGUUGAACCAAAAGAGGAGACGGAUCGACAGUAUGGAGUCAUUGAUAGAAAUCCACCUGAGAGGUGUCCCCGCCCUCUGUAUUCCCAGGACUGUCCAGAGGGAAAUGUCCCAGAGAACCAUCAGGGUGAAGAUCUGAUGGAUAUUAAGGUUGAAGAUAAAGAUGAAGUAAAGGAAGAGACGGAUUUCGGGGCCGAUCAGCAGUAUGGAGUCAUUGAUAGAAAUCCACCCGAGAGGUGUCCCCGUCCUCUGUAUUCCCAGGACUGUCCAGAGGGAAAUGUCCCAGAGAAGCAUCAGGGUGAAGAUCUGAUGGAUAUUAAGGUUGAGGUUAAAGAUGAACCAGAAGAGGAGACGGAUUUCUGGGCCAAUCAGCAGUAUGGAGUCAUUGAUAGAAAUCCAGCCGAGAGGUGUCCCCGCCCUCUGUAUUCCCAGGACUGUCCAGAGGGAAAUGUCCCAGAGAAGCAUCAGGGGGGAGAUCUGACUAAUAAUAAAGUGGAGGAUGAAGAAGAGAGGAUGAGGGGCCAUCACCCGUGUAUGAGGAAAGUGAAGGAGGAAAUUCCAGGAGGUGUUACCCCAGAAAAUCCCAGUAAGAAUUCUGAGGGAAACGUCAUGUUAUCCCUGAAUGAUAAAGGAGAAGAUGGAGAGAUCAUGGAGCGCUCGUCAGCAGAAGAUGGAGAGAUCAUGGAGCGCUCCUCAGGAGAAGAUGGAGAGAUCAUGGAGCGCUCCUCAGGAGAAGACCUCCUUACCCCUAAUGUCCAUCCAGAUCAGUCAUAUAAUGAUCCCCCUGAUCAUGGGGAACCUUCUCCUGACCAACCACACAUUGUUACCACAAGGACAGAUCAGAAAGGGGCAAAAAAGUUUAAAUGUGAUGAAUGUGGAAAACAAUUUACAGUAAUCUCAAGUCUCCGCACACACAGAAGAAUCCACACAGGAGAGAAGCUGUAUUCAUGUUCAGAAUGUGGGAAACGUUUUACAAGCAAAUCAAAUUUUGUUACGCAUGAAAGAAGUCACACGGGAGAGAAGCCGUACUCAUGUUCAGAAUGUGGCAACAGCUUCACCUAUAAAUCUCAGCUUCUUAAACAUGAAAAAGGUCACACAGGAGAAAAGCCAUAUUCAUGCUCAGAAUGUGGUAAAUGUUUUACAGGUAAAUCAAAUCUUGUUAUACAUGAAAGGACUCACACAGGAGAGAAACCGUAUUCGUGUUCAGAAUGUGGGAGAUCUUUUACGAGUAAACAUAGUCUAGUGACACAUGAGAGGAUCCACACAGGAGAGAAGCCGUAUUCGUGCUCAGAAUGUGGAAGAUGUUUUACAUAUAAAUCUCAUCUUAUUACACAUGAAAGAGCCCACACAGGUGAAAAGCCGUAUUCAUGUUCAGAAUGUGGGAAAUGUUUUACAAGUAAAUCAGAUUUGCUUAAACAUGAAAAAUGCCACACAGGAGAAAAGCCAUUUUCAUGUUCAGAAUGUGGGAAAUGUUUCCCAAGUAAAUACCAUCUUGCUGCACAUGACAGAAUUCAUAAAGGAGAGAAGCCAUAUUCCUGUUCAGAAUGUGGGAAAUGUUUUACAGAUAAAUCAAGUCUUGUUAGACAUGCGAGAGGUCACACGGGAGAGAAGCCGUAUUCUUGCUCAGAAUGUGGGAAAUGUUUUACGUAUAAAUCAAAUCUUACUUCGCAUGAGAAAAUUCACACCGGACUGAGGCCAUAUCCGUGUUUGGAAUGUGGGAAAUGUUACAUGAGUAAAUCAGAUCUGGUUAAACAUGAGAAAUAUCACACAGGAGAGAAGCCGUAUUCAUGUUCAGAAUGUGGGAAAUGUUUUUCAAGUAAAUCGCAUCUUAUCACACAUGCAAGAAGUCACAUAUGAGAAAAGUCAUGUUCCGAAUGUGGAAAAUGUUUUAUAACUAAAGGAAGAGAAGGUGAGCGUAAGUGAGUACGCCCCAUGGAAGGUUUUGUUUAUUAUGUGGAAAUAUCUGAUGGUCGUUCAUGUGGUGGAUAAAGUGAUGGAUCCAAUAAAA